AUAUACCAGUAGCUCCAUGUUUUUACAAUGCAAAAUGCGCUAUAGCUAGCUAGCUAGCUAGCUGAUCGAUCGAUCGAGCUGAGAAGCUACAUAUAUACAGUGCAUGCAGCGCGCAGUGCAUGCUGCUGCAGUAUCAUAAGCGAGAGUGAACCAAUGGGGAGAGAGCGCUUGGGACCUGAAGAGGUUGUGCAUUGGAAUGAAGACAUCGCUUUUAGAAUGGGAUCAACAGACAAGGAUGGUUGACCUCUGACCUGUUCACCACAAUCAAAAGCAUACAUGUAGAUCAGGACUGAAGAAAAUGUAUGAAUUGAGAAACUGGAAAAGUGCAAUUUGUAUUAAACAAUUUCUCAGAAGCUGGUUAAUGAAUUCACAGGCCAUCAGAUAAUGAGAUUCCUCUGUUAAAAUAUAACUCCACCUACAACUUCCCUAUGUAUUAUAAUCUGGAUGAGUGACCGUACUACAUUUAUUAUUCCAACAUUAAAGUGAGAUUCAACUGAUAUUUAUGAAUAUUGAAAGAAAUUAAUCUCACCAAGAUGACCAAUAUCUACAUGUAUGUUCUCCUUCAUGUGGUAUGUGUGAUGUUGUGGAACUUUUUAUCCAUGUCGGAUGCAAGAAAUUACUACUAUCAACCUUUCUCUCGGAGUAGAACACAAUAUACAAGACAAGAGAAUGAUUACUACACAAUGGACAUCCUCAUGCCUGGAGUGAAACCAUCAAGACCUGAAGAGUAUCUCUGCUAUGCUUUAGCUGCUCCGCCACGAGAUUCUUAUAUUGUAAGUUUUGAGCCGAGAGCAUCGAUGAAAACCAUACAUCACAUGCUUGUAUAUGGAUGUACAAAUAUACCUAACAAUGAAGGGGUAGUUGAUAAAUGUCAGGGGAGUCCUUGUUUAGGAAAGAGUAACAUCAUGUUUGGAUGGGCUAGAGAUGCUGCAUCUCCCAAUAUACCUCAAGGUGUUGGUUUCUAUGUGGGCGGGGAGAGUGGCAUCAACUAUAUCAUGAUUCAGAUGCACUAUGGAGACAAACUGGAUCACCUAACAGGAACGUCUGGUGAUCACUCAGGCAUCUCUCUUACAAUGACUCAUACUCCACAGCCAUUCAUUGGUGGAAUUUACUUGCUUUGGUCUGGUGAUAUUAAUAUUCCUCCUCAUUCUAAAAAUACUCAUGUUGAUAUUGCUUGUAAGUAUGACAGUUCUGCCAACAUCCAUCCAUUUGCCUUCAGAGCUCAUGCUCAUGAUCGUGGUAAAGUCAUCACUGGUUAUCUCAUACGUAAUGGUGAAUGGACAGUCAUUGCCAAAGGAAGCCCAAAGUGGCCACAGGCCUUUUAUCCCAUUGAAGAAUCCUAUACUAUUCAGCCUGGUGAUAUCCUUGCUGCUAGAUGUACCUUUGACUCGGACAAAGACGUCGCUACGUAUGCAGGAGCCACACACGAUGAUGAAAUGUGCAAUCUGUAUCUAAUGUAUUACACUGAUGCAACCCGUGGUGAAGCAUUCCAAGCUUGUGGAAGACCUGCUCCAAGCAGCUUCUUCUCAUCUGUUCCUCCUGGUUCCAAUCUCAUCCCUGUCAUGAAACCUGACUCUCAAUCUGAACCUCAUUCUCGUUACCGACCUGCUCCUGUUGAUCCAUGGGAUCGUUAUUAUGAUUAUGAUAAUCAACAAGAUUAUGAUGAAGGUCAACAGAGUUACCUACAGGAUGGAAGCAAUGUUGAUUAUGUUUCCCCUUCUCUAGAGGAUGAGGAUGGUGGUGAUGAGGAAAUACCAUUAGUAACCUCUAAGCCUGUUGACAUCGUUCCAGCAGAUUCUACUCCGGCUGCUCCCAGUAAUUCAGUUACUCAACCAAUCAUAUCAAGCAAAAUACAAUCAUUUACUGUAUCUGAUAUUGAUGGAUGGCCAUCUAGUGAUAAUGAAGUGACCUUGGGUCAAGUGUCAGGGGUCGCUGUUGAUUCAUCAGGGAACGUUCACAUCUUUCAUCGUGCAUCAAGACCAUGGGAUAUUCAUUCAUUUCAAGGAGAUGUCUUCACUCAGUCUAAUCAAGGACCAAUAAAAAAUAAUACAAUCAUCAAAUAUGAUUCUAGCACAGGCAAAGUACUCAGUCAGUGGGGAGCAAAUCAAUUCUACUUACCUCAUGGUUUAUCUAUUGAUCAUGAAGACAAUAUCUGGUUAACAGAUGUAGCUAUGCACCAAGUUUUCAAGUACCCUCCAGGGGGAUCUGAAACACCCCUACUCACGCUAGGUACCAAGCUUGAACCAGGAGAUGAUAGGCAACAUUUCUGCAAGCCAUCAGACGUCACAGUUGACCCUAAGACUGGAAACUUCUUUGUUUCUGAUGGCUAUUGUAAUGCCAGGGUUAUGAAGUUCUCUCCUGAUGGAAAGCUGUUAUUACAGUGGGGACACCAGCUUAGGGGUAUGCCUGCGGGUCUACCAGUUGGACAAUUCAAUCUUCCUCAUUGUAUUACCAUGGUAACGGAUAAGAAUCAGGUUUGUGUGGCAGACAGAGAAGCGGGACGUAUUCAGUGUUUUAAUGCUGAUUCAGGGGAUUUCACCAAGCAAUUCCAUCUCUCUGAGUUUGGUGGCCGUCUGUAUGCUGUUACCUAUACAAGCGCAAGUGGUGGAUUACUAUAUGCAGUGAAUGGUCCCUCUAAUGGUCUGAAACCUGUCAAAGGAUUUGCUCUCAAUUAUACAAGUACCGAGAUAUUACGCAUGUGGGAACCACAUAGUCAGAACUUUGAAAAACCACAUGAUAUUGCCUGCACACCAGAUGGCAAACUUGUUUAUGUGGCUGAAAUUGGUCCAAAUAAGGUCUGGAAAUUCACAACUAAUGCAGAGGUUUUAUCGUUUAGUGUGAAUUCAUCUGAAACUGUGUUGUCAACAAAUGAAACAGAUACUGCCACUGUUACUGAGGCAGGUCAUAUGCGUAAUAACACAGGUAAUAGUACCACAUAUCAACCAGUAACAGGAGAUGGGCAGUUGAUGAAUGAAAGUGUUGAUACAAGAGUGAAUGGAUUGAGCAGUGAUGCCAGGCUAGGUACAACCACUAUCAUAGUGGCUGUACUAGCUGUACCCAUCCUACUCAUGCUUCUUGUUGCUGUGGCAAUAAGGUUACAUGCUCAAGGGCACUUCAGGCUCAAGAAAAGACGGAAUUAUAAGGUGUCAGCAGGAGAUAAAUUCAGUCUUGGUAGCUUACUUCAUAAGAGGAAUGGUUUCAGUCAAGUAGCUACUGAAGAUAGCGAUCCUGAUGCAGCACAAUGGAGUGAAGAAUCUGAUAUUGAGGAAUACAGCAUUCUAAACAACACAAAGAGAACACAAAACCUGUAACGAACUAACCCUCUCAUCAACAACUAUGAUUUUAUUCCAUUGCCAGUAUCUAUCACAAGGUUUGAUUCCAUUUCUUAACCAAGAUAAUUAUCCUCAUAACCAUUUUUUUUUUUGCAGAAUUCUUUUACAGAUUAUCUUUUAAUAAAAAAACAUUAUAUAUAAAUGAAGUUAUGUUAAAUAAGAAUUUCCUGAAAGAAUGGGGGUGGAAUGUAACCAACUGCUGAAAUAUUAAAACAUAUUUUUCAAAUUGAUAUUCAUAAGAAAAUGUUAAGUUAAUUUAAGAGCGUGCAUUUAAACAAUGAUUUUGUUAGGCUUAACUUCUCAGCUUAUUGAAAAAUGAUAAAGGAUAAAUUUAUCACUAUGUCACAUAGCAUUUAUAGUACAAUUCGAGUAUUUAAAGGGAAUAAUUUUUAGAACAGUACUGCAUGAGAUUAGAAAUUGCUGUGCACAUAAAAUUAAAUGAGUUUCAAGGAAAUGAUAGAUAAAGAGAGAGGAGGGUGCUAUUUCAUUUGAUAAAUGUAAUUUAGGACCAACAUACAGAGCUUUCUCAAAAUUCCCUAUUUUAUACAUUUCUUCAUCAUUCCAUAGUUACGCUGAACAAAUAAUCUCAAAUUUACAGUAUUAUCAAAGGAAUAUUACUAUUGCAUGGAAUUAUUCCCAAAAUAGCACCCUCUUCAUUUUUACUAUCUACAUUUGUCUUUAUUCACAAAUCUUUGACCUUCUGCUAAAAUACCAGUACUAGAAUUGUUAUUUUUUGUCAUUUAUAAACUGUAUUUAAUAUGAUGCUUAGAACUGCUUGAAUCCCCUCUCUCUUUUCACCAUACAGGUACUAAAGCAAUUAAGCUGAUAAUCUUCUCACUGACUUAGUUCCCCCCCCCCCCCAUCUCACAGGCUGCAAAAAAAAUUUUUGCGACUAUUGACGGUUCUGAAAUGUUUGGAACCUAUAUUACUCAAAAGUGUGAAUUUGUUAUUUUGUUCAUAAAUCCAAUACAAAUUGAGUUUUUAUCCAAAAUUCAUAAAUAAAUCCUUAUUUCUACCCUUGCUGAUUAAAGUGAUUGGUUAACAUUGGUUUGACUUAAAAAAAAUCAGAGCUAGAAGGUCACACUUGUCACCUGUGUCUGUGAUAUGUUACAAAAAUGAAGCCCAGAAAAAGUUGCGUUCGAAAAUAAUUAUUUAGUGCUUCAAAAAUUGAAAUAUAAAGUGACCGAAAACACCAUCUUAAUUUCAUCCCAUACACUUAUGUGUACUAAUAGACGCCUAUUUACAAAAUCGGGGUUUGCCUUGUAGUUUUAGCUUUUCAUUCUCAAUAAUGGUUCUUUUCAGGGUUUAUUAGUUCUAAUACAUGCACUUGUACACAUGUUUCAUCUUGGUUUGAGAAUUUUUUAAAUCGGCUGCUCACAAAGUUAAACAUGUAUAUAAUUUUUUUUUUUAUAAUAGGAAUAAAACUUGCUGAAAUUUCCUUUAAGAAAAAAUAAUAAGUAAAAAACAAAAACAAACAAAAGAAAUACAUAAGAUUUUGUUUUGAUGGUAUACAUAAACAUUGUGAAACUAUUUUAUUUUAUUACAUUCGGUCACAUUUUUGAAAAAUAAAUUAGUUAAUUAGAGCAAACUUUUGAUUUUGUCAAUAAUUUAAGCUUAAUUAGUUAUCAGAUUUUGGGGAGAAUCACAUAAUUCAGUAUUUUAGGCUUUCAAAAAGCUCAGUCUAUUUAGGGAUUAAGAUGGAAUGAUGGAGCUUCUUUGAGUUAAAUUCCAUUUUAAUGUCUCAUUUUUUACAUCACAGUAUUCAGCUAUUCAUGCAAUGAUUUAUGCCAUUACCAAGAGCUAAACAAUCAAUAUGCAGUGUUUAUUUAUUUAUUUUUUUUUUUUUUGGGGGGGGGUUACUGUGGUAUGCAUUGUAGUACAUUGCCAUUAUUUAUCUACGUGGUCAGCCUGAGACAAUCGUCUUCACAAUGUGCAGUAUAUUGCAUAAAAAAAUGAGGUUAUUAGUUAUUUUGACUAAGAAAAAGAGUAUAUGAAUUGUGAGCUGAAAAAAGACUAGGUAAAUUGGUCCAUUGGAAAUUACAAAGAGUGUAUCCUCUUACUUAUUUGAAUCAUAGUGAAGAAAACUUGACAUGUAAAAUGGUGGUUUUUGUUUUAUUAAAAUGUGGAUUUAGUAACUGGAUUAUGAUUAAAUUUGAGUCAUUCCCACUAACAGUUUUUUAUUAAGAUAGUUUCAGGUUACUUGUCAGUCACUUGAAACCAUUGUAUAUCAUUUCUAUUGUAUUUUAAAGACAUUCAAAGCAAUUAAUGUAAAUACUUUUGAUGAUGCAUUGCAUAAUUUAAUCUUUCUUAUUAAUUUUCUUUCAUGAGAAUUCUAGCUGGCAGAUCAGUUCAAUUGAAUACUUGUAGCAUAUUAAAUCAAAUCAAGUAAACAAUUUUGUUGAAAUUACAUGUAUAAUAUGUGAAAUGAAUACAGCUCUUUAAAUUUUGCAUUGUUUUAUAAAAUUGUGAUAAGUUCACUAUUUUUUCCUUUGUAUUGUGUCAUACAUGUACAAUAUAUCAUACAUUUCAUUGCAAAUAUAUGAUGAAUUUUUCUAUAGUAUGAUUAAAAUCAACUCGUAUGUUAAGAAAGAUUUACCCUCAAUAUUUUUUUCUGGAGUUUCAUUCUUAAUUCAAUGCAAGUUCAAGAAAAUGUAUCUUUUAUUUAUGUUCAAUUGUGCGAAUGAUCUGUCUUAUUUCAGUUUGGAAAUGGGUUGGAUUGUAAAUAUAAUGUACAGGAUUUGAAGAAGAAGAAAAAGAAACACAAUUAUAAAUAUUUUUGUCAAUGAAGCGUCUUUAAAAUGGAUGUUUGGUGUUUUUGUCUCCUGCUAUUGCAAUUGAAGUUAGAUGCUGUAACUAUACUGCAUUGUAUUUGAUUAGUUCUUCAUUGAUUUGAUGGAUACUAUUGUCAAUCCACCCAAAUAUCUAGACUGGUGUUUAACUUAUAAUGUGAUAAAUAUAUAUUUUUGUACUAGAUCUUGUUUCACAGUAGACGUGCUAAGAUGCCCUUAGCAGAGAAGAUAUAUUGUGUUUACAUUUAUUUCUUUAGAAUGAAUCAUAUUUAUUUAUUCACAAGUAUAGUUUACUUAACUGCCAUUGUUGACUGAAUGCAUUUAUGCCUAUUUUAACUUAUUUUCUUGGUAUUUUUUUCUUGAAGCAUGUUUUGUAUUUAAAUUAAAGUUUUCUUCAUGCUGACUAUUUUUCUGCAAGCUUUGCUCGAAUUUCCUAUCCAAAAGACACUUGAUAUAGCAUCUUUUCCUUUUGGUUACAUAGCACUGCACAUACUACUUCAUGUUUGGGUCACUAAAACAAUAAUUCAACACCUCAGAAUGAUCAGCUUGGAUGAUCAAAUUUCUUAUACUAUAGCGUAUUUUUUUGUUAAUUUACACAAUACAAUUUGUUGUUGUAUGAUGCACAUUUUGAUUUACAACUCAGUUAAAUAGGUUUGAGAAGGGAGGUGGCAUUCACUAAGUCAUAUUUUAAAGUUAGGCCCGUUGCAACCUAAACUAUUCAUUGCGAUCAGAAUUUUUUUUUUAAUGUAAUAACACCUUAUAUGAACAUUCCAACCCCUAAAAUCUUAGUAAUCAGAAUUCAUAAUAGAGGUGGGACUAUUGAAAUUGAAAUUAAGUCUUGUUCGAGCCUCUUUGUAGGAAUAAAAGCAAGUUCAAUUCCAAAUUGUAAUGAUUUUACUAUUCCUAACAUUAUGCUGAACUUCUAAAAUAAUUUUACAUAUCAGAACGGUCAAAUUUAAAGCAAAAUCUGAUUUAUUAAGUAUCCUGUUCUAUUGGAUCAUGCAGUGUUGGUUGGGUUUUCAAGAGAUUAUGAUUGUGUAGCACAGACAUCUAAAUAUGUUUUCUGAUGUGAAUAAAAUCACACUUUUUAUUGAAUUACAAUUGAAUUUAAGAUUCUGUUUCCUAUACAAGGUUAGAGGAUUGUAAUUCUGUGUUGUCAAAUUAUCCAAUAUGAAUCGAGUAUUUGUAUUUAUUCCAUGCAAAUAUUUAUUAUUCCACCAAGUUGUAAUAUCUAGAGUUUUGGCCAAACACGUCUUCUUAUUAAAUGCAAUAUAUCCUUCUCUCAGGUAUAAUGAUGUCCUUUAAAACAUGUUAAGUUAAAUUAUUACUGUAUGAGGACAGUUUAAAGGCUGAUAUUGACAGAAUUUACUCAGUUCAAAUAUGCAAAAUAUUGAAUCUCAUAGUCCUGUUAUUGUAAUACACAUUUCUUAUAAAUCAGUGCAGUAUUCCUGGCAAAUUGAAUAAAAAUGACAAGGUAACCAAUGGAAGAAUAGUGACAAAUAAUGAAUUUUAGGAAUUAAUCAAGUUUUGGAAUUUUUAAGGAGAGAUUAGACUGAGUGUAUUAUGCAAAUGUAUUUAUUUCAAUAUAGAAUAUUUUGUGCUUAUUUGUAUAUCUUGGUUUACCCUUGCCAUGCUGUGAACAUUGGUGUUAUUGUUUGUAAUGCUUAAAUUGGUGUCUAUGCUUGUAUGUGCUGCUUUUGUAACAGUUCUAUUAUUUGGGUAUGGGAUUAUUAUAGAUUUGGAGGAUUAUGUAAACUACACAGAAUAUAUGGGAAGAUGAUUGUCUUCAGUCAAAGGA